UCCAAAACAAAACAAAACCUUAAAAAUUGAAACAAAAACAAAACCCAUUUCUGAAACUCUCCUAUUGUACUUUGUUGUGUAGAGGUAGACAACAACACUAAACAUGGGUUUGCAAAGAACUACAGUGGUCUUCUUCUUCUCUUGUUGGCUUCUGCUGAUCAUCGAGAAAACGACAGCGUUCAAGGAUAAACAGCUGUUCCAGGCGCUUGAAACGGAGAACGCAAACACCAUGACCGCGGUGAUGGAGCGAGGGUUACGGACGACUCGGCGGCCGGAGCACAAGAACGCUUAUGCGACGAUGAUGUACAUGGGAACACCAAGAGACUACGAGUUCUAUAUCGCGACACGUGUCUUGAUCAGAUCGCUUGAGGGUCUUCACGUGGACGCUGAUAUCGUCGUCAUCGCCUCUCUCGACGUACCUCUUGACUGGAUUUACGCUAUGGAAGAAGAGGAUGGAGCUCAAGUAGUGAGAGUAGAGAAUCUUGAGAAUCCAUACAAGAAACAAACUAACUUCGACAACAGAUUCAAGCUUAGUUUAAACAAGCUCUACGCUUGGUCUCUUUCUGAUUAUGACCGUGUCAUAAUGCUCGACGUCGACAAUGUCUUUCUCAAGAACACCGACGAGCUCUUCCAAUGCGGCCAGUUCUGUGCUGUCUUCAUAAACCCUUGCAUCUUCCACACUGGCCUCUUUGUGUUGCAGCCAUCAAUGGAUGUCUUCAGAGACAUGAUUCAUGAGGUUGACGUAAAGAGAGAUAACCCUGAUGGAGCUGACCAAGGGUUUCUUGUCAGCUACUUCUCCGAUUUACUCAACCAGCCUCUAUUUACUCCUCCUCCAGAUAACCGCACCAGUGCGCUUACGGGACAUUUUAGGCUUCCUUUGGGAUAUCAAAUGGAUGCAUCUUACUACUACCUUAAACUCAGAUGGAACGUACCAUGUGGACCGAACAGUGUGAUCACGUUCCCAGGAGCAGUUUGGUUGAAGCCAUGGUAUUGGUGGUCAUGGCCUGUUCUUCCUUUAGGCCUUUUAUGGCACCACCAACGCCGCUACACCAUAAGUUACUCCGCAGAGAUGCCUUGGGUCCUAAUUCAAGCAGUUUUUUACUUAGGAAUCAUACUAGUCACGCGUCUAGCGCGUCCCAGCAUGACCAAGCUAUGUUACCAACGUUCUGAUAAGAAUCUAACCAUGAUCCAGACAGCUUUGAUCAAGUUGGUUGCACUCCUUUUGAUCCUCUCAGCCUACGUUAUACCAUUCUUCAUCAUCCCAAAGACGAUCCACCCGUUCAUUGGUUGGUCGCUCUACUUAACCGGCUCCUUUUUUCUCUCUACCAUACCCAUUAACACCUUCUUGCUUCCAAUACUCCCUGUCUUAACACCGUGGCUUGGCAUCAUCGGGACACUCCUCGUGAUGGCUUUUCCUUCUUAUCCUGAUGGCAUUGUCAGAGCGUUGUCGGUUUUUGGGUAUGCCUUUUGUUGUGCACCAUUUCUUUGGGUCUCCUUUGUGAAAAUCACAUCACACCUUCAGGUUUUGAUUGACAAAGAGAUUGUGUUUCCACGGUUGGGUGAAUUCGGAACUAUUCCUGGAUUCAGCAAAUUGUAUUGAUUAAAACGAACACUAUUGGAAAGUCAAAUCACUAGUGGUUAUUAUAAGAACAUUAAAAUGGGCCAGAUUUCAAGAAACCAAUAAAGGCCCACGAAGCAUUAUCUUCAGAUUAGAGCCAAUUCAGAUUCACCAGGCACGAUGUGGGUUUUAUAGAGAGGUUUUCCCAAAUGCCACUGCACUCACUUUACAAUGUGGUAUGAUUCCGAACACCUUUUCUUUUUUACAAAUUAUAUGAUAAGAUCAUCACCAAACGAAUGGUGAACAUGAUACUUGUA